UUCCAAGCUUCGACAUUUGGAUGCAGAAAAGAAAAAUGUCGUCCACGCCAAAGAAGCGCCCAAAACCCAAAAUCUCCUCUCCUUCUCCUCGUCCUUCAUCCCGGAGAUCGCCGAUCGCACUGGAGCCGCCGCAAUUCUUGUUCCCGUCGAAGCAGGAGCUGCUGAGGCUCGUGAUUGUGCUCGCCAUCGCUUCUUCAGUCGCCGUCACCUGCAACUUCUUCGCCAACUUCCUCCGCCCCCAGACGAAGCCCUUCUGCGACAGCGAUAUCGACCCUCUCGAUGCAUUCGCAGAUGAUUGUGAGCCUUGUCCAAGUCAUGGAGAAUGCCAUCAGGGCAAACUGGAUUGUCCUCGUGGAUACAGAAAGCUUGGGAGGUCAUGUGUGGAAGAUGGAGAUAUAAAUGAAACAGCCAGGAAACUUUCAGAAUGGGUUGAAAACCGUCUUUGUGCAGCGAAUGCUCAGCUUCUCUGCUAUGGGACUGGGACAGCUUGGGUUCCAGCUGAAGAGAUAUUGAAUGAUUUGGACGGACACCCACUGAUGAAGAACUUUGGCUGGGACACUGCUAUUUUCAUUUAUACAAAACAGAAGGCAGUAGAAAUUGCUGGAAAAAUAAUGGAGAGCAGGACAGGUUUUUCUGGUACUUUUGAGCAGGAUGAAAGAGCUGAAGUGUCCAGACUCAGUAGCAGAACUUUUCAAGCCAUACACCUGCCGAAUCCGUCAAUGGAUCUUCAAGCAUGUGUUAUUGGUUGUGCCAGUUUCUUUGCUGGUAUACAGCUCGUGGCUUCUGCAAUGCUAUUCUGGAAAGUCCGUCGCAGAUGGCAUUUGUCAACUAGAGUGGAAGAGCUUUACCAUCAGGUUUGUGACAUACUCGAGGAGAAUGCCUUGACAUCAAAGAAGGGUAAUGGCGAAACUGAGCCAUGGGUAGUUGCUGCUAGGCUACGAGAUCACCUUCUCUUACCGAAAGAAAGGAAAGAUGGUGUCCUGUGGAAGAAGCUUGAAGAGUUGGUCCAGGAAGAUUCUCGCAUAGAUAGAUAUCCAAAGCUGGUUAAGGGUGAAUCAAAAGUGGUCUGGGAGUGGCAAGUCGAAGGCUCUCUGAGCUCCUCAAUAUCAAGGAAGAAGGGAGAACAAGGAAAACUUAAGUCUAGUCAUGGAGGGCAUACCAAUUUCAAUCAACCAUCCCACAAAUCAAGAAGAGAACCAAAUAAUGAUCUAGUUAAGAUGGCGUCAACCGUCACGCCUACUCUGAGCCUAACAGCGAAGGCCAGGCUGCUAUGUCAUGAGUUGUCUUUUGACUUGUCACAUACAGAAGGCUAGAUUACUUAAAGUUUUAGAUAGGUCGUUAUAAUCUUCAAGCAAGCCCGCAAUUAAUCGAUGAACACAAGGCAGUCCAUUCAUGAUGAAGCAACCACCCUUAGGAUCUGGCCAAAUGCUCUCGAGAUGAUAAGGUGAAUUUGCUUCCAGGGGAUUGUGUAUGAUCUUUUUGAAGUUCUCAGCUUGAAUAAAACUCAACCCACGAUACAUGGUGUUUGCAAGACCAAAGAGCAGGCGGGUGCUUGGUCUUUUGGAACACGAGUCUUCCUCUUGAUACAGCGAUCAUGAAGUUUUCUUAAGAACUAGAAAAUACAAAUGCAACUCGUUGACAGACCUUUAUUCUUCAUUGUUUUUUGAGUGAAAAGUAUUCCAGCUAGUGAAUCAAUGGUGGGUUUGUAUAGGAAAUUGUAGAGAAAAAUGUAGCUGUUUUAUUUGUUGCUGUUGCUUUUGGACCCCUCUCAUGCACCAGCACAAAGGAAAUGAACGCAUAUCAUAACACAUUGACCCAAAA